CCGCCUGCUCUCUCCACAAUCAUUUCACAGCAAGAGAGGACCGCGGCAGCCCGUCCGGGGGGAGGAACAUGAGACACGUUUGACUCGAAAAAACUCAUGGAAACAGCGGAAUUACUCUGAAUUUUUUACUGAAACAUCGAGAACAACGUUUGGUUAUGAUGAGAGCGUGAGCUGGUUCACAGCUGAUUUAUUUAAAUUAUCAAAAUAAAAAAAGAGCUCAACUGAUCUUUACAGAAGAUAACAACGUACACAAAGCAACAUGACAUCCACUGAAGAGCCGUCUGGCACGGUCCUGCACCGACUCAUUCAGGAGCAGCUGCGUUAUGGAAACCCCACAGACACCCGCACCUUAUUAGCCAUCCAGCAGCAGGCCCUGCGUGGAGGCAGUGGAAGCAACAGUGGACCCAGCAGUGGAGGCGACAUGGGCAGGAGCCCACGAUCCUCUUUGGAGAGUCUCACCCAGGAGGACCCUCCAUUCCCUCAGCUGUCUGCGAGGCAGGAGCCCCAGGGCCAGGAGCACCAGGGCGACUACCACCACUCAGAGAGCAGCUACCAGCUCUACCAGCUGCACGGAGAGGAGCUGCCAACUUAUGAGCAGGCCAAGGCGCAUUCUCAGUAUCUGGCCUCUCACUGGGCCCCUACAGGCCCCAUCAGGCAGCUCCAUGAAGGGCUCCUGAACGAGGGGGCCUUCCACGAAGAGGCAGAUCUGAUGGAGAUGAAGUGUAGCCAUGUGCGGUCGCUCAGUGAGCAUCGCAUGCAGAUAUCUCUGGAGAGGAAUGAUGCAGCUGCUAAAGCAGAGGCCCUCAAGAGCACCUCUCACAGCUACCCUGAGCUUCCUUACUACACACAGCCAGGCCUCCAGAGCACGAGGCAGAGCCUGGACAAGCGCAGCCCGCCUCCAGAGUACUCAGCCCCCAUCCAGGGCCAAGGAUUUAUCCCCCACCAGGUCCAGGAGCCAGUGCAGGCACAGCAGCACAGGUAUGUCCAGUCUGGUCAGCCAGCUGAAGUCCCCUGCUACAACACAUUCACCAGUCUGCCACCUGCUGGCUUGGAGGAGCCCAACCAAGUGGAGCUGCUGCUGAUGGAGAACGAGAGGCUGAGGCAAGAGCUGGAAGCCCACAGGGAGAAGACAGGCCGUAUUCAGAAGUUGGAGCAGGAGAUCCAGCGUAUUUCGGAGGCCUAUGAGACACUGAUGCAGGGCAGCUGUAAGAGGGAAAACCUGGAGCAGACACUGAGGAGGAGGCUAGUGUCUGAGAUCAGGAGGCUGCAGGAUUUCAACAGAGACCUAAGAGAAAAUUUGGAAAAUGCCAGAACACAUGUUGCAAAAGAAGUAGAAGCAGCCGACCAUAACCAGCACAUCAUGGCGAAACUCCUUGAACAAAACGAGGAGCAGAACUUUGAGCGGGAACGUGUGGAGCGGGAGCUGGAGCGAUUGCGAUCCACAGCGGAGGAGCAGAGCCUCAGAGCGAAGCGGCUCGAGGAGGCCCUAGACACAGCUCGUGGACGAGGUCGCCAGCUUGAGGAGGAGUUGAGAAGGAAGAGGGCUUAUGUGGAGAAGGUGGAGAGGCUUCAGAGUGCACUGGCUCAGCUACAGUCCACCUGUGAGAAGAGGGAGAGUCUGGAGAUGAAGCUGAGGACGCGGCUAGAGCAGGAGCUGAGGAGUCUGAGGGCACAACAGAGGCAGUCCCAACCACCAGGAGUGACCAUGAGCUCCCUCCAAGAGCGCCUGCGUGAGCGCGAGGAGCGAAUCCUGGCCCUUGAGGCCGACAUGGUGCGCUGGGAGCAGAAGUACCUGGAAGAGAGCACCAUGAGGCAGUUUGCAAUGGAGGUGGCUGCCACCGCCGCCGCACAGAGAGACACCACCAUCAUUAAUCACUCGCCUUGCCACUCCUCUAACAACAGUUUCAACGAGGACCUGCCAGUCGCCGACUUCAGGAACCAGGAGAUGGAGAACAGGAUCCGUGCACUCUACGCUCAGAUCCUGGAAAAGGACGCUGUGAUCAAGAUCCUCAACCAGCGGCUGCAUCAGGACCAAGGGCGGAAGGACGAGCAAAGUCCCCGCACAAACCUCCUGAACACAGCGGGGGCGCCUCUCCGAGCCGCCUCCUCUACCCCCUCCAUCUGCACCGUCAAGAGCAACACAAGGAGUAGAGGGAAGAGUCUUUCAGAUGAUCAGACCCUGCCAAACCGUCAGUUCUCCGCUCAGUCCGAACCUGGAACGCUAGAACGGCAGGUGGAGGGAACAAAAGCCAAAGAGGCUGCCAGCACAUCUAAGCUCAACAGUGACAAGGCAGCGCCUAAGAAGUUGCUAUUAAACCCGUUCAGAGGCCUGGAUGAGCUGGAGUCAGAGGCAGUGGAAAUCUUCAUUUAAAGAACCGAGAGGUGGAUUUUGAAUGAGGAGGGGGAAAAAAAAGAAUCUGUGAAGAGUGCAAGUCUUUGAAUAGAGAGUGGAUUAAAUAUUGGAUGCAAGAAUGUCGUGGAAAGAGGCCAACGCACGAAAAAAAAGAGGACUUUUUUCACAUUUUUUAGAGACAGAGCUGUGCUCCGACUCACUUACUCUCAAUAAGCUGGACAGCUGCAGGCAGCCUGCCCAGCUGGGAGAGAAAAGAUGAAUCUUCUGAGGUACUUGGACAGUAUUGUGGAUUGUAAUAGGGCAACAUGUUCUCAGAGAGUGUAUGCCAAAAUAUUUAUAUAAAUAUAUAUAUAUAUAUAUAUAUAUAUAAUUGCUGCUUUUUCCUCCCCCUUUAUCUCCUCCCCCAACCCAGUGAAUUAAGAAGCUACAUAUUUAUCUUAUCUGGUUUCCACAUUCCCCAAAUAUUAACUUAAGCCUUAUGCUCUUCUAGACAAAUAUUCAGUGAAAGGUUAUCUAUGUGACCCUCCUCCCCGAAAAAUAUGAGUAACCUCAUUCCCAUCACAUGGAUCUUAUCUGUUAGGAAGACUUCCCUUUGUUCAGUAAUUUAUAACACAUGAAACACUGCUGAUUUAAAUGCUUUCGCCGUCCAUGUCUCUGCAGCCCGAGUAGCUGGUUCUGCAAAGGCUCAGAGGUGUGUGAGCAGCGAGAUGCAUAAUAUAUAAAAGACAAACUGACACAGACCCCGGUGUUGUUUGUAAUUUUGGAUGAGUGUUGCAUCAUGGUGUUGAUUUCAUCAUCUGUUUUUUUUGAUGACUUUUUUCCUUCUCCAAGUGCGUUUGCAUGUGUGAUUACAGUAUGUGAGUGUGUUCCCUGAUAUGGUGGUUCUGCAGGUUCAGGUCACCACUGUGGGAUAAAAGUUGAGAACUACACCGUGUUGGUUUUUUCUUUUUGUUUACUGUGAGCUUUGAACUAACAAACAGGUUAAUUAUUAUUAUUAUUAUUAUUAUUAUAUAUUUUAUACAGAUGUUUGUAUUGUUAUUUUAGAUAUGAUAGCGCUUUGAGCAGGACGCCAAAGAGUUUUAUGUAUGUUUGUUGUAAGUUAUGUGCCGACAAUCACGGUCAUGUCAAGCUGUACACAACCAACCAAGUGUUGACUUCAAACAGACAUUUCUGUGAACUUCAAACAAUAUGAAGGUUUUUACAGUUGAAUUCAUGCAACAUUUCAUAAAGCAAUAAAAUAUUCUAAUAUACAUU